GAUGUAGUCGAGCAACUUCGGCUCAAAGUUUGCGUACAGACUAAUUUUCUGCAAAGCCACCAAAACCUUCUGCAAAAGUUGAACAUGAAAUGUACAGACUCAGGACACCAAGUUGUGCUCUUAUUCCACGCUUUUCUAGAAUUAUGACUCACAACGUGCCACUCUCCUUGCAUGUCCCACAAUAUAAGGUCAUUAAGAAAAUAUGAAGCACACAUUAAUGCGGAUAUCGUUCUUUUACAAUCUAAAAUAAUGUUUUGUAACUCGUGAUUGGAUAACUUCCACUGCUUUGCAAAUAAUCGUAUUUGACGAAACAGAUGACAUGUUACAAAUAGGAUUGAAACCAGAAAUUGGAUUUACACUAAACAAUAAUACUAUGAGUAGUAUAAAAUGGAUAGUUCUGGAGCUUGAGCCCCUGAGCCUGAGCCCCUCACCCUCGCAGCCGCCGCCGCCCGUUCCGCUACGUACCCCCUCACCCUCACCCUCACCCACAGCCGCCGCUACGUACGUGACGUACCCCCUCACCCACAUCCCACCCUCUACCGCGGCUUAUCACAUAUUAUCAAUCAUUUAUCAGUUAUCAAAUUGUUAUCACAUGUUAUCAAUCAUUUAUUUUUAUCAGUUAUCAUAUAUUUAAAAAAUAUAAUAUUCUGCGUUAGAAUCGAACCGGGAGGGUAUGAGCGUAUCAUUUUACCACCUUCCCACCUCGACUCUAACCCAUUGAACAAUAUAGUCAAUACUGCUAUAUUUAAAUACACGCUAAAUAAUAUACAUAAUCAUAUAAAUAUUCUAUAGCUACCUCUUAUACUUAGGAAAAUCAUAUACAAAAAAUGUAAUUAAAUUUAGACUUCCUCGCCAUUUAUAUUGAAAGACCCUUUAUCAUUCACACACCACCUGUACAUUAGUGAUUGAAAGACAUUUCAUGCCAAAUGGUAGUAAUAAUCACAAAUAAAUGUCUUCCUAAUGUGUCCUACCGGUCGCCAGGAUGUCGCAUACUCUUAAUAGACGCCCUACCAUUAGGCUAACAUAUCCGUAAUUAAAGAAGAAUACAUCAGUGAAUAACCAAUAUUAAUACCGAACGCACAUUAAGCUUAAUGUCGCAGGUAUUGUCACGUCAAUCAAAUAAAUACAACACCAUAUUGUCAGUAUAAUAGUGUAUAUUUCCUUAAUCAAUUAACAAAUAUCUUAAUAGCCACCUCAUUAGAUGAACAUAUCCGUAAUUAAUGAAAAAUACAUUAACCCUAAUAGCCUAAUUAUUGUCUUGGUCAUCACCAGUAUAUCGCACGCUAAUGAUAUUAAAAUUAAUAAUAUAUAAAUAAUGAUAUUAGUGAAUAAUACAUUCCAGCAAAAUCCAUUAAUAUUGAAAAAAUGUUCCGAUUAAAUACCAUUUCCCAAAUCUUGUACUCACACCUAUUCAAAUUCGUCUUUAUAAAUUCUGAAAAGAGUCAAGAGUCCUCCAGUACGUGUUAAACCGUCGUAUACGCUUAGUCUUCGAAUAUUUUCCAGUGUUUAGUUUUUAAAUAUUAUUUUUUUCAUUUUAAAUAUGUUUAAAUGCGAACAGAGCCCGUCGGUUUUCACACGUAAAGAUAACUUGGUUGUCCACCAAAAAACUCAUACCGGUAUUCGUUUUCCAUGCACUAUAUGUCAGUCAACAUUCACCUACAAAACCAGUCUCAUCAAACAUCGGAAAAAUGUUCAUGGUAUCGUACCAGCUCUUCGUCAGCCUGCACCGGUUGUUGCUCAACCAGCACGAGUAAGCGUGAUUCAGUUCGCGCCACCUACCACUUCUCAGAUCCAGAUAGCACCGCAAAUAUUUGUACCCGAUGGCUCAGCCGGUAGAUCAAAUAUGUUAACCGAAGACGAGAUGUGUAUGCAAGCCAUGGACGAAUUUGAGAAUAAAGAUUCUUAUACUACGGGCGUUAACGGGAAACGUGUUUCGACCGCCAACACCACCUCGGCUGCUAGGGUAAAAAAGACGCGGAUGGAUAUGGUGAAGGUUCCCGGGUUUAAUGAAAUUUUGUCGUCCGCGAGUCAUAAAAUAGUUUGGUACUAUGCUAAAAACAUUAGAAAUGUAAAAAUAUAUUCAGACUUUCUACGUGGGCUAAUGACCGAGCUAGUCAGUUUGUUAAAAACCCACGUACAAAAACAUGCAAUUAAAUUUAACCUUAAGCUCGAGGCGACUUACAACCGCCCCAACGUGCCGAACUCGUCAGAGAACAGGGCGUUCAAGACCUCGGCGGUAAAAAUUUAUCCAGAUAGCGACAUUAGAACGAUUGUAGAGAGAGCAUAUAUAAAGUUGAUGAAGGAGGAGGAAGAAUAUAAAUCACGCGGAAGUGGAUUUACACUAGAGUCGAUAGACGGACUAUUUUUGGCGGUCUACAAAUAUAUGCCAAUGGGUGGAUCAUCGUAUAUACAAUUACCGGAAUUUAUUGAAAGGAAGCGGGGGACAAUUCCACAAAAUGUAGAUCAGGAAUGUUUCAAGUGGGCAAUACUAGCGAGACACGUGACGGGGCCGUCGGUAUACCGAGUUAGUGAAAACUAUAGGCAGCACGAGGGAAAAUAUAAUUUUGACUGUAUUUCGUUCCCGACUCCGAUGUCAGACAUAUCAAAAUUUGAAGAAAAUAACCCAAACGUGACCGUUAAUGUUUACGGCUUGGAAAAAAAGUUUCAAUCACCGAAGAAAUUCCCCACAUACGAGGUGUGCCCGCUGCGUGUGGUAGAUGAGGAGAAAUCAGUCCACUUCGAUCUGAUGCUGGUUACGGAUGAAGACAAUGCACAUUACAUAUACAUUUCUAAUUUUUCCCGGCUCAUACGUGCGCAGAAAACAGGACAUGUUGGGCGCGUUGUAUUUUGUAAAAGGUGCUUCACGUCAUUCGACAACCGAAAUUUAAAAUACAAGUUGAGUGGACAGGAUGCGUUGGACCAACAUAAGCUUAUUUGCGGGGCACACAAACCGAUUCUUCCGGAGAUGCCGAAGGAGAGUGAGUGUCUUGAGUUUGAAGCAUGGAAGAAAACACAGAGACAUCCCAUAGUUAUAUAUGCGGAUUUCGAGACAAUGUUGACGAAGACUGACGAAGACAAAGGAGACAACACCAAAAUAAUACAGAAGCACGAGGCGAUGAGUUAUGGACUCAUUGUGAAGGCGAGCGACGACGUACCGUUAGAGUUGAUGGAGGAGCAUGAGAUAACGACAGAACCAGUGAUAUACAGAGGAAGCGAGAGUAAGACGGACGUGGCGAAACAUUUUAUUGAAACAGUGACCGAGUUGGCGAUAAAAAUUGAAAAAUUAUUGAAGACCAAUAAACCUAUAGUUUUCAUGGAUGAACAACGGCAGUCACAUAAUGCAUGUACAGCUUGUAAUUUAUGCAAAACAACCUUUACAUACGAUAACCAUAAGGUGGCAGAUCAUUGUCAUCUCUCUGGAAAAUACCGACAAGCUCUAUGUAAUACCUGCAACCUCAAGCUUCAAGCACCAAAAUUUGUCCCUAUAUUUUUCCACAACUUAUCCAAUUAUGACGCGCACCUAAUAGUAACAGAACUGGGUCACGACACGCAAGCUAUUAACGUUAUUCCUAAUAGCGAGGAGAAAUAUAUAUCUUUCUCGAAAUACGUAUCAAAUACAUUCAGCAUGCGUUUCAUAGACACGUUUAGAUUCAUGGCAUCAAGUUUAUCUUCACUGUCCAAAAAUCUUGUAACACCGGGACUGGAGAACUUUAGAGAAACCGCUAAACAUUUUGUCGCCGGAGAUAUGCCGCUCGUGACUCGUAAAGGGGUGUACCCGUACGAGUACACAGAUAGUUGGAGUAGGUUGGAGGAGACGAGGUUACCGAGGAAGCGAGAUUUUUAUAGUACGUUGACGGAGACUGACAUAAAGGAGGAAGAUUUCGAGCACGCGAAGUUGGUCUGGGACCACUUUGGUUGUACGACGCUCGGAGAUUACAGUGAUUUAUACCUAAAAAUCGACGUCUUACUGUUGGCGGACGUCUUUGAAAACUUUCGCGAUGUAUGUAUGAGGGCAUACAACUUGGACGCAGCCCAUUACUUCACCGCCCCUGGACUUAGUUUCGACGCGAUGCUGAAGUUUACCGGUCAAAAGCUCCAGUUAUUACACGAUUACGAUAUGCUCUUGAUGUAUAAGAAUGGUAUCCGUGGUGGAUUGGUGCAGGCCAGCAUGCGGUAUGCCAAGGCUAAAAAUGCUAAGACCCCGGGCUAUGAUGAUACUAAGGAGAAAUCAUGGGUUGUAUAUCAGGACUGUAACAACUUGUAUGGAUGGGCAAUGUCCCAGUACAUGCCAUACGGUGGGUUCAACUGGGUUGAACCUACAUUAAACGGGUUGAAUGAUUUGGACGAUACAUCGCCCAUAGGACGUAUAUAUGAGGUGGAUGUGUCUUACCCUAAAGAGCUGCAUGAUAAACACAACGACCUGCCUUUCCUACCUCAGAACAGUAUCCCGCGAGGAUCAAAGGUUAGGAAGUUGAUGGCGACAUUUGAGAAAAAGGAGAAUUAUGUUAUACACUAUAGAAACCUUCAGCAGGCAAUUAAGAAUGGUUUAAUAGUUGAAAAAGUACAUAGAGUGAUUCAAUUUAACCAGUCAGAUUGGCUGGCUAAAUAUAUCGAGCUAAACACAGAGAUGCGGAAGAAGGCAAAGAACGAAUUUGAGAAAAUUUUUUUUAAAUUAAUGAAUAACGCUGUAUUUGGGAAGACUAUGCAAUCGAAAAGGAAGGAAAUGAAAAUGGAGUUGGUGUCGUGUGAGAGAAGAUUACAAAAAUUGAUUAACAAAACAACAUUUAAACACUGUACAAAUUAUAACGAGAACCUAAACGCCGUCGCCCUGGAGAACAAAAUUAUUAAAUUUGACAAACCUAUCUAUAUAGGAUUUGCGGUGCUGGACAUAAGUAAGACGUUGAUGUACGACUAUCAUUACAACGUUAUGAAGAAACAUUAUAAAGAUAAAAUCAAGCUAAUGUACACUGACACAGAUUCACUAGUGUAUCAUAUCAAUACCGAUGAUUUCUACAAAGACUUGGCGGAUAAUCCUAGCUUGUUGGACCGGAUGGACACUGCUAACCUGCCCAGUGUCCAUCCGUGUUAUGUGGCAGAUAGGAAGAAGAGUCCGGGAUUCUUUUCCGAUGAAGUCGAUGGCAAUGUAGUGUCAGAGUUUUGUGCGUUGAGGGCCAAGUCGUACGCUUUCAAUGUAUAUGCUGGACUAGAGGAUGUGGUGAGAGAGCAGAUCAAGGCGAAAGGUGUAAGACAGCAUGUGGUUAAAAAUCAUAUGACGUUGGAGGAUCAUGUUAAGUGUUUGUUUGGAGAAGCUGGCGUGGAGGCGUAUAAGGAGAAUGUAUCUAUUCGCUCAUUCAAACACAAGUUGAUGACGAUAAAAACGAGAAAGCUAACUUACAACAGUUAUGACGAUAAGAGAGUGGUAUUGGACGAUAAAAUCCAUACCUUGGCUCACGGACAUUAUAGUUUAGGGGAUGAUGACGACGAACAGAUUAAUGAUUGGCUAGAUCAUGAGAUAGAUGCUGGUGAUCUUGAAUCUAAUGAAUGAGAUUACUUCUAAUUAAUUAAAUACUAUGUAUAUUUUUAUUGUAAAUACCAUGUAUAUACUUUUUGUUAUUGUAAAUACCACUCGAAUAAUUUGUAUAUUUUGUUAUCUAUAACCUUGAGCUGAUAAAUGUUAUCACAUAUAUUAUGUUGUUAUAAAAAUAAAACAAUGUAAUAAUAUAAUUAUGUUUAUUAAAUGAUAAAAUAAAAUAUUUUGUAUAGAAUACAAU